AUGGCUGUCAAACACACAGUCAUGCUCCUGGUGGCAGUUUGUCUCUACCUGCCAGGUCUAAGCCAUGGCUUUCAACCAUCCUUCUCUGUUGAUGAAACUCAUCGUGACAUCACCAGAAAGGCAGUUCUCAGAAAGACAGCUGAGGUCUGCCGAGACCUUGCCUUCAACUUGAAAAUUGAUGACAACUUGUCAGUUCAGGAGGUGCAAAAGGCCUGUUUCUCCUCAUCUACCUACACCACUCCGCUCUCUACUGACAUUUUCCAAACUGCCCUUAAUGAGAUCUACGGUAGCAAUGAAAAAGUGUAUUUCUCAUUGGUCGAUAUCCCUGAGUUCCAUUUUCACAGCGAGACCUUCCUGGGAGGACGGGACAUCAUCACAAGAGGAUCAUUUACACCAACUUGUAAGAGCUGUACAGGAGACGCCUGUGCUGAUAACAUUUUGCCUGAAGUGCUGAAACAGGGGCUCCUGACCUCAGGCUACUUUAGCACAUUCUCCUCUUCAAAGCCUACUGGUAAAUGUAGCCAUGGUGGUCUACUUGACAAGACAAGAAAAAGGGACCCAGUUGGGGGCAUCAAUAAGGAUUCUUUUACAUCAGAUCAUGGCACGUUGCACAGAAAAGCAGCUAAUCUGGCAGUGGAUGCUACUAUGGAGCUGCUGGAGGACAUCAGACUAGCUGCUGGAGACAGGAACUUCCUGCGAUUGAUGGGCCUCUCCCAGUCCUAUGCGCUGUGUUUUGUCAUUGACACCACAGGCAGUAUGGGUGAUGACAUUGAUGCCUUUAACAUAAUUGACAGUAAUGCAGGAACGCUACAGGAACCCUCUCAGUACAUACUGGUACCUUUCAAUGAUCCAGAAUUUGGACCCGUGAUAAAGACAACUGACAAAAACUACUUCAAAGAGGAAAUCAACAAGCUCACUGCAUUCGGAGGAGGGGAUGAACCAGAGCUGAGCAUGUCUGGACUGCAACUUGCGCUGACAUCAGCUCCACCUUCCUCUAAAAUCUAUGUCUUCACUGAUGCUUCAGCCAAAGAUUCCCAUCUAAAAAGCACCAACAUUGCCCUUAUAGAGAGAACCAAGACUGAGGUAUCUUUCCUGUUGACAAACAUUUUUUUCAGUCGGCGGCGCCGCAGUAUUGAUGGUCAAGAUUUUUCAUCUCGUGCAGUGAGGCUAUCAGAUGUCCAGCUAUACAGAGACCUGGCCCAAGCUUCUGGAGGUCAGGCUAUUGAAGUCAGAAAGUCAGAUCUUUCCAUGGCCACUACUGUUAUAAAAGAUUCGUCCGCUGGUGCUGUGGUGACAGUUUUCCAGGUAGUAAUGGAUCCGGGGCGACCUGAUAAUUUUAAUUUUACUGUUGAUUCAUCAGUAAGCAACGUCAUCAUUUACAUCACCGGAGUUUCAUCUCUCACCUUCACACUCACCAGCUCAGCAGGAGUGUCUCAGGAGUCAAGUCAGACCAGUGGUCCUCUGGCAUCCUUAACAACAGUGGGAAACCUACGCAGAAUAAGUCUCAAUGCUGGAAAUCAAACGGGUGUUUGGCAAAUCCACAUCAGCUCUAACAGUCCCUACUCUAUUAAAGUCACAGGUCAAAGUUCAGUGAACUUCAUCUAUAACCUUGUGGAAUUACAACAGGAAGGUGGCAUCAGACCCAAGGAAGGCCGUCCUGCUACAGGUGGUAAUGUCACUCUCCUGGUCACUGUGACAGGAAGUGACACAGUAAAAGUCACAGAGGUCACGCUCUUCGACAGUUCAGUGCCAAAGGAGUUGACUGGAUCAAUACAGUCAUUAGAAAGCAGCAACUUUCUGGUAACAUUCAGUGAAGUCCCAGCAGGAGACUAUGUAGUUCGACUGCAAGGUGAGGACACCAGCACCACAUCCCGGUCUACCUCAGAUACCUUCCAGAGACAAGCCUCCACCCGGAUCACAACAGCUAGUCUCUCUGUUGCUGCUCAAGCUGACAGUAUCAACAUAGAACCAGGCACUAGCAUCACCAUUCCUUUUACAGUGUCUUCAGAUGUAACUGGGACAUUCAGAGUGCAAGUCAGCAAUGACCGCAGCUUUGACUUCACCUCACCUGGAAAUGUCAGCAUUGGACCAAGCGAUGGAGGCAAAGCCAAUGGGACAAUAACCUUAACUGUUCCAGCCAGCACUGGAUCAGGAACAGACGUGACCCUCACCAUUCAGGCACAAAACGCUGCUGCCACUGACACCAACUAUGCUGUCCUCCGAUUUUCUGUGGCUGCCAAGACAACAGAUUUGUCCAGUCCAGUGUGCCAGAUAGUCAAUAUAUCAGGUAUCUGUAAUGUCUCUUCCAUCCUCUGUGCAUCAUCUCAGUGGGAGUUCAUUGCUAAUCUCACUGACGGCAUCAAUGGGACUGGCAUCGCAAGCAUUACCCUCCACGAAGGGAAUGGUACUCUUGAUACUAGCACAGUAGUUGGAGCAGGGGGUGAGAAUAUUACACUGGUUACCUACACUGCCUCCUGCUGUUCACAGAAUGUGGUUCUAGCUGCUGUGGACAGAGCAGGAAAUGUGGGGACAUGUAUGGGGCAAGCUAGACUACUUGCCACACCUGCUCCUAUGACUACAACUACCCCCGUACCUACAACUACUUCUCUGACUACAACUACCCCAGUACCUACAACUACUCCGAGUACCAUUCCCUUGGCGAAUGGUGACACUAUCAAUGCCAGUUCCAUUGAUGCCAUCGGUGAUAUUGGCGAUGAACUCCCACUGGGAGGAAGCACAAAGUGA